AUGAAUACGCCUUCAUCCUCCGUCGAUCUUUUCCGUGGAUGGCCCAACCCCGCCUUGUUGCCCACCGCCGCCUUAGCAGACGCUUUUGCAACCACUCUCACCACUCCCGAUCAGUGUCUCCUCUAUGGUCCCGACCAAGGCCAUGAGCCCCUGCGCCAGCACAUCGCCCAGUGGUUAACCUCCUUCUACCAACCAUGCCGUCCUGUCACCUCCGAUCGUAUUUGUAUCACCGGGGGCGCCAGUCAGAACCUCGCCUGCGUCUUCCAGGUCUUCACUGACCCCGCUUACACUCAGUAUGUGUGGCUCGUCGCGCCGACCUAUCACCUGGCGUCACGCAUUAUCAAUGAUGCCGGGUUUGCGGGUCGAAUGAAAGCCGUCCCGCAGACGGCGUCGUCGGGGGUGGAUGUGGACUUUCUACGGAGCGCUCUCAUCAGCGCGGAGCGGGAGGGAGGCCGCCCGGUGACAUAUAAACCACAGCGGCCCUGGGCGAAAAUCUACCGGCAUGUCAUCUACGCCACGCCCACCUUCUCCAACCCAUCGACCGUCAGUCUUUCGCGGGCCAAUCGGGAAGCUCUGGUGCGAGUGGCGCGGGAGUUCGACGCCCUCAUCGUCACCGACGAUGUCUACGACUUCCUCCAAUGGUCGGCGGAUCCGACGAAACCUCUGUCUCGACCGGACCAAGCCCAUCUCCCCCGUCUGGUGGAUGUCGACCGAUACCUCGACGGCGGACCGAAGGAUGAAUGGGGGAACACACUGAGCAACGGGAGUUUCAGCAAGUUGAUUGGACCGGGGGCACGGACGGGAUGGGCCGAGGGGACGGCCCAACUGGCCUACGGGUUGUCUCAAACUGGCUCCUCUCGGUCGGGCGGGGCGCCAUCUCAUGUGGCCGCAGCGGCAAUCGCAGAACUGUUCCCGUCCGGACUGUUUCAAAGACACCUAGUGGAGGUGUUGCAGCCACAGUAUGCACAGCGGUACUAUCGGCUGAUGGACGCCAUCCGGGAGCACCUGGUACCCUUGGGGAUCACCGUGCCGAUGGAGACCGGGGGGAUCGUAGGGGGGUACUUUGUCUGGAUCCAAUUACCGAAGGGGAUGCGGGCGAGUGAGCUGGUGACCCGACUAGGAGAGGAAGAGUCGGGGGUGGUGGUGGCCGGGGGGAAUCUGUUCCGCGUGGAGGACGCCACGGCGGGGGAGAUGAAUGACUUUGACGAGUACGUGCGGCUGUGUUUUGCGUGGGAGACGGAGGAAAAUCUGGUCGAGGGGGUGCGCCGGCUGAGUCAGUACCUUAAAAAGAAGUAG